UGUGUAUGUGCGUCGCGCUGGCCCCGACACGGAGCGUCCCGUCCGACUUUUUUUCCACGCAUUUCCGAAUUCCAAGGGCGGAAAUAUCCGUCGAGCACGGCCCCAGCGAGUUUCUACACCCCGGUGCGCGUCGUCCGCAGCGGGAGCGUCGCGACGGCCCCGCUUUUAAGUCGAACGAUCGGACGAAAUAGGGGUUGAUUGUGGGUAGAGUGGUGUGGUGACAGAUCCGCGUUUCCUGGUUCGAAUUGGGGCGCUCGGUGGAUCGCUGUUUGGAGCUUUAUUUUAACUGGUGCUGGUGGAUAUUGUGUGUAGCUUUUCGAAGAGGAUAUAUUGUAUGUUUUUUCGUUGUUCGGGAAUUUGAAUUUUCGCCAGUCCGUGCGCCAUUUUGCGCGAGGGUUUUUAGGCGUAUACAGUUCGAGUUGAUGUCGGUUUUGGGGUGGAUUUUGUCGUCGGGUUAUCGGCGUUGCGACGCAAAAGGACGCCAAUCGACGUGUUAUUAGAAGAUAUUAAAAGGACGAAAUGUGGUAGGCGAGGCUAGGGGGGUCAGCCCCCCUAUCGACCUGGCGCCGCCAUCACGGAUCACAACGGCGACCGACACAGAUGUCCUGACAACGGGCCCAGGGCCACCAGAAUGCCAACGGACGACGACUAUGGCCGCAGCAGACAUCAGACCACGUCGGCGCCGUACGGCGCCGGCGCCCAAUGUCAAUCGCCCGCUCGGGCCGCUCAUUGUCCUGUGGGCUGCCCUCCUGGCGCCGACAAGCACCACCACCCGGACCCGCCCGGCUUCGCCGCCGAUCGCCUGUUCGCCGCCGAUCGCCCGCCCGCCGGCGACCGCUACCCGCCCGUCUCGGAGCGGUACCCGCUCGGCGACCGCCCCCCGACCGCCCUCGCCGCCGGCAAGGAGCCCGACCGGUACGCGGCGCGCUUCGAUCGCUACCAUUCGGACCGGUACCCGAGGACCGGCAAGGAACCCGACGGUGGCUACGCCGCCAAAUCGCCGCCGAAGGACUGCAAGCAGGAGUUGUACCACGGGCGGUACGAGCGGUACGCAGGCGGAGGCGGCGGCGAUCGCUUUCCUGCUAUACCGUGUCCGGAGAGAUUCGCGACGCAGGAGCGGCUCGAGCGGCCCGAGAAGAUGCCUUUCUCUCAGGUGUCGUAUUUGGAGCCUCCCUCGCCGGCGCCCGCUAGCGACAGAUUCUUCCCGCCGCCGCCGCUCUCGCCCGCCAACACUCCCAGUCCGGAUUGUUUUUCGAACAACACGUUCCCGUCUCCGACGGCGACGGCGCCGCCUUCGGAGCGCUUCGUGCCGCCGCCGCCGCUCUCGCCCUCGCCCACGGAGGCGUACGAAAGGUACGACAAAUUGCACCGCUACCAAGGGUACUCGUCGUCUCCGAACAUCCCGUCGGCAGAUCGAUCGGCGCACAAUAACGACACCAGGUAUAAAGAACGGUACGGCCACAAUUACUCGGAUAGAUACCAGCAGCAGGGUAACCAGCAAAAUUACCAAAACGAUAAAUAUGUAACGAACGAUGGUAGGUUUAUAAACGACAGGUACGUACCGCCCAACGCUCAUAUGCCGGUAGAGCGGUACGUACCGCAACCUCAAGAACCGUACUUCGCGAAUUACCAAAACUACGGCUACAAAACCUUCAACAACAGCGAUCCUUACAUGCGAAGAGAUCUCGCCUUCCAUUAUCGACUGCCUAUACCUUACAGCAACAACUACCAGAGGAUCAGAUUCACCGGUACGCCCGGCAGAUUCAAGUGUUGCCAGUUCCAAGAUGGCUACCAGAUGUGCAAAUCGAGCCCGGGCUCGAGCUCGAGCAGCUCGGUGACCAGCCAAAAGGAGGCGGCGUCGGCGUCGGCGUCGGCGUGCUCCAGCGACGUCCAGUGCCAAAGCUACCACGGCAACAAGGAGUACUUCCAGCAGGAGAAGGCCGUGCAGUGCGCCAAGGGCGCCUGCCGGCACGGCGUCUGCGCCAGCCCGUCGGUGGAGUACGUGGGGGCGUCGGGCGGGCGUCACGUCUGCGCGACGCCGCCGCCGCCCCCCAAAGGCGCCGGUGGCGCCGACGGCGGCGGCGCCUGCAACGAGAAUUGCUAUCCGAGGCGGUCGCAGAGUACUCUCACCGUUACCGUGUGGAGAGGCGCCCCGCAGGCGGCGAAUCCCGCCGCCCAAACGCCCAAACACCAGGAACGGGCGCUGACGCCGCCCGCCCCCAAGCCGGUCCAGCGCCCUGCGACGCCCUCGGCCCAGCCGGAGCCCCCGCAGAAACAGGAAUCGGGCGAUUACGCGGAGAACGCGCCCGUCAAAUCGCCCCAAAUGGGCGGCUCGCCGCCCGUCCGGACGCCCGUCCACCAGCGGGCGGUGUCGAUGCCCGUCGCGACGCCCGCCGACCGGCCCCGGCCCGCCGCCCACCAGCAACAAUCCAGGCCGGUGAAUUAUUCGCAGAGCGAGAGGAUUCCGAACAGGGAGAGGCCGGCUUUGAACAGGACGUUGAGCAGAAAGGAGAUGAUUAAGAAGUACAUUAGAAAGGAGACGGCGAAUUUCUUCGGCGUCGACGAGGACAACGAGAACGAACAGCAACUCAGGUGGUUGGAUAGACGGAAAAGGAUGGCUUGCAGAACGAUGGGACCCCUGAAAGAGGAGUACUGCACGCCGAGCAUCAGCCGUUUCUCGCAAUCCCACCGUCGUACGCUCUCCGAAAUGGCGCAGUCCGCGCAAUCCGCCCACGUCGGUUCCGGUCAAUUGACCACCGAACGACCGGACGUGUUGCCCGGACCGUCCGAUCUACCGGACGCCGGCGUUUCGCCGCCGGAGGCGGUCCGCAGCGAACCGUCCAUCAGGCGAAAGGAUUCCGUGGCGAGGAUGACGUGGGACGGGCUGUCCUACGUCGUAACGACGUUGACGAGGAACCGGCCUCGACCGAGAUCCCAAUCGUCCCACUGGUCUCGAAGCUAUCCCCCCGAUACUCCAAGCGCUGCCUCAUCGCCCGAAGAGCAAUCGUUCUUCGAGAAACCGGUCGCGCCCGCCUCGCCUCGCGCCCCCGAAGGCGGCGGCGAUACCAUCGACAAGGCGGAGGCGGCGGCGUUGCCGCCCUACAGGGAGCGGGAGAGAGUGAGGUACGCGGACGUGCCGAGCAACGCCGGAUGGAGAAUAGAUCAGCACGAGGUGAUUUUGAGGCACGGCGAGCGCCGUUCGAACGGUGCGAGAGGAUCGAGGAUACCGACGAGCACGUUGGACAGGGUGUUGGACAAUUCCGAUCGGAGACAGUACGGCAUGGGAUGGGUGGGACGGAUGUUCGGGCACUCGUUCAGGAAAUCUGUCACUCAAGACGCGAAAGUUCGCGAGCAAUUAGACGAUAUGGAGGACCACCGGCCGAUGUUCACCUAUUGGGUGACCACCGUGCAGAUAUUGGUGUUGUUUAUUUCGAUCGUUUGUUACGGUAUUGGGCCCUACGGGAUCGAUUUACAAUCGCGUUCCGGUCAAGUGUUGGUUACCAGUUUGUCCUUGCAGCAGGUCGAUUACAUGGAACCCGCCAAUUUUUGGCUGGGUCCGAGGGCGGCCGAUUUGAUCCAUUUAGGGGCGAAGUUCGCGCCUUGCAUGAGGCUGGACGAUAAAAUUAAGAAGGAAAUCGAUAAGAUACAGGCGAAGGAAAGAGAAACGGCGUGUUGCAUCAGAAACGAUGAUUCCGGUUGCGUGCAAUCGUCGCAAGCCGAUUGUUCUUUGAGAGGAUUACGUCCGACUAAAACGAUAUCGACGUGGAAAAAAUGGAAGAUGGGAGAUUCCGGACCCGGAGGGAGAAUAUCGGGUUCGGUGUGCGGAUUGGAUCCGAAGUUCUGCGACGCGCCGGCCAGCGUGCACCCGUACGAAUGGCCCGACGACAUCACCAAAUGGCCCAUCUGUCGCAAGACCAACACCCAAUUCUCGGUGCAAAAGAACGGCAACGCGCCGCGCGACAAACUCGCCGAGCACAUGGUGUGCGAGGUGAUCGGCCACCCUUGUUGCAUCGGCAUCCACGGCCAAUGCAAGAUCACCACCAAGGAGUACUGCGACUUCGUCCGGGGCGCCUUCCACGAGGAGGCUUCGCUCUGUUCGCAGGUGUCUUGUUUGAACGACGUCUGCGGUAUGAUUCCGUUCUAUUUCCCCGACGCGCCCGAUCAAUUCUACAGGCUGUGGACGUCGCUGUUCCUGCACGCCGGCGUCCUGCAGUUGCUCAUCACCGUGCUGAUCCAGUACUUUCUGAUGCGCGAUUUGGAGAAGCUUACAGGCAGCUUGCGAAUCGGUAUCGUUUAUAUCGGUUCCGGCGUCGCCGGUAAUCUGGCCAGCGCCAUUUUCGUGCCCUAUCGAGCUGACGUGGGACCGUCCGGAUCGCAGUUCGGUUUGCUGGCCUGUCUGAUCGUAGAAGUCCUGAACGCUUGGCCGAUGCUGAAGCAUCCGAAUCAGGCGUUGUGCAAGCUGUUGUCGAUCACGUUGGUGUUGUUCGCCGUCGGGUUGUUGCCUUGGGUCGAUAAUUACGCGCAUCUGUUCGGUUUCGCGUUCGGUUUUCUUCUCUCCUACGCCUUCCUACCGUUCGUAUCGUUCGGCAAGUACGACAGGCACAAAAAGGUCUUUUUGAUUUGGGUGUGUUUGGCUGUCGCUUGGGUGCUGUUCAUACUGCUGGUGCUCCUCUUCUAUAUCAUACCGGUGUACGAUUGCGAGGUGUGCUCGUACUUUAAUUGUUUGCCCGUGACUAGGGAUUUUUGCGCGUCGCAGAAUAUUAAUUUCAAACGGGAGGAGCCUAUAGUAUGACGAAAGAGCAUACGGUUUAUGACCGUAUGUUUGGUUUCGUGGGUUUCGGUGCGCAAAGGGCAAGGUUUCGAAUGAUUCGAUGGUUGUUUUUCAUUUUGGAAUGUACGAUAAUAUCGUUACUGUCAUUAAAAAAUAUAUAUAGGGUGUUGGUUAAUUGAAUGCCGAUACUUCAGGAUGUGAAUAUUUGAUUGAUUUUAGGAAGAAAAGUUUAUAUUAAUGUGUGUCCUAAACCUCUUAGUUUUCGAGCUACGGGGUGUUAAAAUUAUAGAAAAAAAAUAACUUUUCUGUCAUAAUUUUCUUAUUACUCCAGUUAUUUUUGAGAAAUUUUGAGAAAACACUUUUUUUUAGAGAUAAAAAUUAAUUCUACUAUAAAAAUAUCUGCCGUAAAAAGAAAAUUAUGAUAGAAAAGUUACUUUUUUUUCCCAAAAUUUUAACACCCUGUAGCUCGAAAACUAAGAGGUUUAGGACAUACAUUGAUAUAAACUUUUCUUCUUAAAAUCAUCCAAAUAUUCACAUUCUGAAGUAUUGGGACUCAAUUAAUUAACACCCUGUAUGUGAUGAGCUGUCGCUGUGAUGGAAUCAUGUUUGGUAUAUCAUUCGAAACUGUUGCCGAGUCGCGUUUUAUUUUAAUUUGUCGUUUUAUUUAUAAAUAUAAAUAUCCCUUUUUAUUGCUCAAUAAAUAUUUUUUUUUGUUUUAUUUAUUAAUUAUUUUUUUUUGAUUCGUCGUCCUUUCAUCCUGUAUAUGUAGUGGUUGCGUAAAGUCGAAUGAUAAAAAGUGGACAAGAAGAAGGUUCUUUUCGAUAUAUAAACUAUGUGGUUCAUUUCGGUUUGUUAUUGGACGUGUGAAUUUGUUUUCGGAUAAAAAAACGACUUUUAAAAAUAUGUGAUAAAAGACUAUAUCGCGGUAUAAUGUACGUUUUAAGACACAUCUUAUUUUGAUAUUUGAAUAAUAUGCAAUGAAUAUUUGUUUUGGUUGGCAACGAAGAAUAUAUGCUACAAUGAACUUUUUUGCUGUUGGUCGCUUAGUUUAAAAUACCCCCCGACAGGACUAAUAAUUCUAUAGCUUUGAAACCGUUUUUUCGAGGUCUACCCGGGUCUACAAUAAAACGCCCGGGUCGAUUGUUAUUUCUUCAAAAAACCUAUGUAUAUUAAUAUCGUAUACAUUCCGUAAUCUUAUUAAUUUCUAUGUGUUACGAUUAAAAUAUAAAUAAAAAAAAAUUAUCAAAAAAUAUUUUCAUGACAUAGAUAAUCUGUAUAAAUCAGCAUGAGUGAAAAAAUCCAGAACAGGAGUAAUGUAUAUAAUAUAUGAUAAUAUAAAACAGUAUGGUAUGUACGUGUUUUUCAUUUAGGUGUGGAAAAAUUGAUUUUUGUAAAAUUGUGACAAAAUUAUUAUUCAUUUCCCCGAAAAGUUAUACGUUUAUCUACAUGCAUAAAAUCGACUAUUGUUUCUUAUUUAUUCGUCGAAACUACAAAAAAAAAGUUCGUUUUCUAUUAAUAUUUCCCUUCGAAUGAGGCGGACUAGCUCCAAUAAACAAGUAUAUACAGGGGCCUAAAUUUUAUUUUCUCGACAUUAUUCGAAUAAACACAUCCGCUUUUUUUUCAUUUCGAAACGUUGUCAAAAACUCUCGAAAUGUUAAUAGACCAAAAACGACUUUUGCUUCGAGACGAAACAUACCUAAGAUGUAUAUUAUAAUGUAACAAAAAAAAUACACGUACGUCUAUCAACGUUUCUCGUCAUAACCCAUGCAACAAUAAAAAAAACAAUAUUAAAAUUUAUUUAUUAUACCCGUUAGCGGUCGAAUCGAAUUAUCGCGUGUAUGACGAGAAAUUAAAAUCUCCGACGUCGAAUUUAUAUGUAAUAUUAUGACUGAAAAUUCGUUUGAAUUUCCCAAUUUCGUUUCGACAAAAAAUAAAUUGUACAUUUACAUUGUAAUAUUAUAACAUCAGGUGUUACCACUAAGACCAAGCCUUAACAUUAUGAUAAUGUAAUAAAAUACUUCUGCA